UGCGGUUUCUGCUACACGCGACAUAUAGUAGUCGCUCAAAAUAAAUCUUUAAAAUAUAAGGAAACCUUCAAGAAGUUUUAUCAAUUUUCUUUCAAAAAUGGCCAAACCAUCUGAUACAAUCAAAAUAGAAGGUGCAUUGGAUGAAGAACCGAAGCGGGCAUCGUUAGUAAUAUUUGGUCGAGAUCUUUUCCAAAUUCCGUGCUUCAGAACUACUUUUUUAUAUUCUAUAUCAUCUUACGUUGGUGUUAGCCUUCUCACAUUUUUAUUUACCAGCAAACCUAAAAUGUCAUCUCAUGUGGGUUUUGUUUCAUUUAUGGCUGUAACUUUUGGUUAUUUUACAAAAUGCAGAACUGAUUUAGCAAGAGAACGACUUCAAAUUGGUGAAGUACAAAAAGCUCUUCUUCCUAAAUCUGAAAAUAAAUUAGAAGAAACAAAUAGACCAGUUCUAGACGAUGCAUAAAUCAAGAUAUUCAACUAAUUUUUUGUAGCUUCAAGUGUUUGUUUUGAUAUUAAUGUACAAAAUGUAAAUAAUUAUACCUUGUACAAUAAUUCUUAAUUUUUAAAUUGCAUAAUUGUA